AUGAUAAUAACUCUUGAUAAUUUUGAUCUUCCUGAUAUUCAGAAAAUAAAUGAAAGGAGUGAAGAAGGUGAAACAUACAAUAAAAAGACAAAUGAAAGAAGUGAAGAAGAUGAAACAUACAAGAAAAAGAUAAAUGAAGAGAGUGAAGAAGAAGGUGAAACAUACAAUAAAAAGUUAAAUAAAGGGAGUGAAGAAGAAGGUGAAACAUAUAAUAAAAAGAUAAAUGAAAGGAGUGAAGAAGAAGGUGAAGCAUACAAUAAAAAGAUAAAUGAAAGGAGUGAAGAAGAAGGUGAAACAUACAAUAAAAAGAUAAAUGAAAGGAGUGAAGAAGAAGCGGCCCAAAAUAUCCCGCCAGAGGCUGAGUUGUUACCAUUGGCCCCUGCAGGACAAAUGCCACAAAUUCUCAACAUCGACGUUCAGUGUCAGAAGGAAACGAUGGCCGUGAGGAUAGAGUUCAGCAGUCCAUUCAACGGUGUUAUUUAUUCUAAAGGAUAUUACAGUAAUACGAACUGUAUUUAUGUGGUGCCGAACAAUGGGAGAUCUGUCUACGAGUUCACUGUUUACCUCGAUCGCUGUGGCACCCAAUUUGUAGAUCAAUUCAACCAAGGUGGUCAGGCUUAUUUAGAGAACACUAUAAUAAUUCAAAAUGAGCCUGGUUUUCAAGAAGUGUGGGACACUGCACGACACAUUCGUUGUCUCUGGACUGGUCAGUUCGAGAAGACUGUGACGUCUAAUAUUAACGUAGACAUGCUGGAUAUCAUCUCUAUAACCUACAGCGGGGAUUCUGUAGACAGUUAUAUGGAUAUCCAAGUUGGACGAGGGCCAUUUGCUGUUCCUGUUACAGGAUUAGUCAGAAUUGGCGAUACUUUAACAGCGGUCAUCUAUGUGCAAGGCACUGAUAAUUUUGACAUUCAUGUGAAGGAAUGUACAGCACAUUCUGGAGAUGUCAGUAAGGGCAUCCAACUAACUGAUGUACGAGGAUGUGUAAUAAAGAAGAAGUUGAUGGGUCCGUGGCAGAAAACAAGACAGACAGGGAAUACUGGGGCAAGCAUUAUUGCUUACUCUUUUUUCCAAGCCUUCAAAUUCCCUGACACAAUGGAAGUGUUCCUGGAAUGUAACAUCGAGAUAUGCAAGUUCCAAUGUCAAGAUUUCUGUUCAGAAUUCCCACAAGCUCGGACAGGACGAAGGAAGAGAGAUACUCGUGGUGGUGUAAAGGUGAUAAAAGAAGACAAAGACGGCAUUCUUAGGCUUCACGACAAUGUUGAACCAAUCCGCUUGCUGCGUGGAAUCCGAGUGGUGGCUCCAGAAGAUAUCAUAUUUUCUGAAAGUGGUAAUGGCACAGUGUCACUGACCACAGGAUCUAACGGUCGAGAUGGCGAUGUUUGUAUGUCUACCCCUAGUUUUGUCACGGCACUUGUUGUUACAAUCCUUAUUCUUCUUGCUUCCUCCACGAUAACUGCUGUUCUUUGUAUCCGUAUUCGCAACAUCCCGUCCUCUCAUGCAUCGACAUUUCAUUCCUACUCCCAACGUGACCUGCUGAACAGUCUUGGUAAACCUUAA